UUGUCAAAUCAAAUACAUACAGACAGGAGGAAAGACCGAAAAUAAUAAACAAACAGAUUUUUUCCCGAGAAAAAUAUGUUUUGAUUAACGAAUUAAAAUUGCAUUUUGUACGAAAAUCUACAACAAUAACAACAUGUCUGGAAGUCAACGUUCAUUUGCCCAGAAACUGUCUAGGACCCAUGCAUCCGAUGUUCGCAAAAAUGUGGUCAGUUGUCAUAUGCAAACCAAGACUACGGAUUCCAUUAUGUGCUCUUCCACGCUUUCAUUGACCGAGCCCGUGGAACCGUUGGAUUAUGAGGAAUUUCUUAAUUCCCACAUGAACACCAUCAAUCGGGAUCCUUUGAAGAAUAUUUUGGAUUUUCCUCCGGGUGAUGUUAUGGUCAAGACCAUACCACGUAAAAUACGAACCAUUGAUCAUGUAGUGCCAAAAGAAAAUAUAGCUGAAUUACCGCAACACAUCCAGGAGUGUGUCAAUUGCUAUACCCGUCCCUGGAAAGUGGUGGAAUAUUCCCAGCGUCAUUACUCCAGUUCUUGUUGUGCCCGUGAGCGCAUUGAUCGCGGCACCAUUAGUCCCUCCGCCUAUCAGCAAGAAUUUGAAAUCGAUAAAGAAUUUGCCUCAUUCGAUGAAUCCUCUUUGACUGACCAGAGUACUAGCUGCACACCCAGCUCUAGACAAUCUAUAGCCAGCUUAUCAUCAGUUAGCUCUUGUACUGAUACACUCACACCACGAGGCUCUUGGGCAAGUUUUGAUUUGAGACGAUCAGUAAAUGAUCCUCUGAUACCGAAUUUACUCGAUGAUGUUCCACCCGAACAUGUUGAUCAAACGAAUGAAAUGAAACGAUUGGUAGAUAGACAGGAAGCUCUAUUCUCCUUAUAUCCCGAAGCAGACCCCGAAGAUGUCAUAGAACGUAGAUUGGCUGCCGAAUUUCCCAUGGAACAUAUGGGCCAUCGAAUUUUUGUUAAAUGUCUCCAACUGCGCUUAGAAUUGGAAGUGGAGCCUAUCUUCGCCUCCAUGGCAAUUUAUGAUGCCAAGGAAAAGAAAAAAGUCUCCGAGAACUUUUACUUCGACAUGAAUUCCGAUACGUUACGAAGAAUGCUGAACACCCAUGUACGCACGGCCGAUGAAAGUACCCAAAGUAGAUCGGCCAUCUUUGAUAUAAGCUAUCCCAGCAAUGAUUUGUUUUUGGUCAUACGUCUGGAGAAGGUUUUACAGGGUGACAUUAAAGACUCUGUGGAACCUUAUAUUAAGGAUGACAAAGAUAAGUGUCGUGAAAAGGCCAAAAUCAAUGCCUCCGAUUACUGUGAGAGAUUGGGAAAGUAUCGCAUGCCCUUUGCUUGGACAGGCAUAUAUUUGACUAAUAUAUUCCAUGGUGAUACUUUUGAGGGCAAAGACGGUAAAGAUGGCCAGGAAAGGGAGUCAGGAGGAUCCUUGGGUUCAGCCGCCAGUUCGAAUAGUUUAGAUCGCAAAUCAUCGACCAGCAGUUUUGAUCAAUUGCGACGCAAAGCCAACGACAUGAGUGGUACCCUAACGCGGCGAGGAUCGCUAGAGCGUAAAGAGAAACGUAGAUCAUGGUCUCCGGAUGAUUUUGCCAAUGUUGUGGAGUCCUUUAGACCGGUGACCCUAACAAUAUCCAGCUUUUUCAAACAAGAGGCUGAUAAAAUGAAAGAUGAAGAUUUAUAUAAAUUUCUAAUGGAACUCAAAAGGCCCAGUUCGGCAAUGAAGAAAUACAAAUGUAUUCCAGGUUCUAUAAAACUGGAAAUUUCACCUUGCCCUGAUGAUGUCAAAAACGCGCUGACACCAGAACUGGCCAAACUCGAUCCCUAUCCACCGGAUAAAACAAGGCCCAUAAAAGAGAUUUUGGAGUUUCCUACCAUGCCAAUUUAUAAUCCACAUUAUACCUAUCGUAAUCUCUUGUUUGUUUCACCCAAGGAACUGAAUUUCUCCUCAAGAGCAGGAUCAGCCCGUAACAUAGCGGUACGUGUCCAAUUGAUGGCAGGCGAAACACAAAAUGAUUCUCUCUGUGCAAUAUUUGGCAAAUCUUCGUGUCCUGAAUAUUCCAAUGAGGCAUUUACGGCAGUGAACUAUCACAAUAAGUGUCCGGGAUUUUAUGAUGAGAUAAAGAUCGCCUUACCGGCCCAUUUGAAACAAAAUCACCAUUUGCUUUUCACCAUCUAUCAUGUUUCGUGUCAGAAAAAGCCUCAAGAUGUCCAGCCAUCUGUGGAAACUCCUGUGGGCUAUACUUGGUUGCCUUUGAUGGAAGAUGGCAAGUUGAAGGUGGGAGAAUUCCAAUUACCCGUUAUGGUAGAACCACCACCGGAAAAUUACUCCUUUAUACCGCCCAAUGUCCAUUUGCCGGGUACCAAAUGGUUGGACAAUCAUCGCCCCGUUUUCACCAUAUCUGUGGAGGCUGUGACAUCGCUGCAUACCCUAGACCCCAAUUUGGAUCGUUUCUUUUUGAUGUGUGAGUACUUGGAUUCGCGCAAAAUACCUCCACGAAUUGGUGAGGGCAACAUGGAAAGUGAAAUGAAGAAAUGCCUUUUGGAAAUUGCAAAUGCCGAACGGGAGCCGUUGGUUAAGAAUUUGCAUUUAGUUUUGGAUAAGUUAAUCGAACUAUUGGUUACCACUUAUAAAAUCGGUGGCCAAACAUUGUCCUUGGGUUCGACAGUGUUUGAAGUUCUGUGUUUGGUUUCGGCCAACUUGUCCAUACUCAACGAUGAUUUGGUGAUUGAUCAACAUGGACGUCAGUCCCUGCUUUCGACUUAUGUUCAGUUCCAAAGUAAGAUACCACAUCCGUUUAGUGGUAAAAGACGUAUAACCUGUAGCCGUAGCAAUGCCGAGGAAAUGCAUUCGUCUAGUUCCUCGUCGGAUACCUAUAGCAUCUAUGACAAUGUGGUGGCUGGCCGGAGUCUGGAUCGCAAAGAAUUGGCAAUGGAAAUGUCACCAACAUUUGUGGCCGGCAGAGAUGGCCAAGUGAGGUUGUUGCACGAGGAGUUAGCCCUGCACUGGGUUGUGGCAAGUGGCCGGGCCGCCGAUCUGGCCAUGAGUAAUUCAUGGUUUUUGUUUGAGUUAAUUUGCAAAUCCAUGAUUGAACAUUUGGCGGUGACAUUGACACUUCACUCCCCACGCAAGCAGCGUUUUCCCCAUCAAUAUACCGAUGAUAUUUCCACUCUGGUCCAUUUGGUGACCACCAAGGUUGUGGGUUAUCACAGCAAUGAACCAAAGCUGGCCCAGAGUUUGAAUGCCAGUUUGAGUUUCUUUAUAUUCGAUCUGUUUAGUGUCAUGGAUCGUGGUUUUGUCUUCGGCCUAAUCAAGACCUAUUACAAGGUGUUGAUUUCGAAAAAUGCCUCCAUACCGGAUUUGAUGAAUUAUAAAAUUGAUUUCUUGCGCAUUGUUUGUAGUCAUGAGCAUUAUGUGGCAUUGAAUUUGCCCUUUGGUACUCCCUACACAACGAAAUCGGCGCCCUGUAGCCCCACACCCAGCACAACCUCAAAUAACAGUGGAACCUCAUAUGGUUCCAUAGAGAGGGCUGCCUUGCAUGCGGAUCUAAGCAUUGAUUUCAGGCAGCAACACUUUUUGGUUGGCUUGGUUUUGAGCGAUUUGGCCACGGUUUUGGAAGUACCGAAUCCUCAACUUCACGGCAAGGCCAUACGUUGCAUUAAAAACUUAAUGACUUCCCACGAUUUGGAUCCCCGUUAUACAGAUGCCGAAGCCAGAGCCCGUGUGGCAGCUUUGUAUCUACCUCUUUUGGGUAUUAUAAUGGAUGCCAUACCCCAGUUACAUCAAUAUUUGACCGAUUCCAAUGAUCGUCUACACAAUAUGGGCCUCCUGGAAGACUAUCAGGGACCGAAUACCAUGAUUUCCACCACGACCAUAAGUCCUGAGGUGGCAUAUGCAAUUUCAGGCUCCCGUUCAUAUGCCUUUACCGAUCAGGUGAAAAAUAAAUCACCUUUGAGCAGUGAAAAUACUCGCCAUCUGCUCGUUUGUUUUGUGUGGGUUUUAAAGAACUUGGAGAAGACCACAUUGUAUCGAUGGACCUUAGGCCUGUCUCCGCAUCGUGUCCAUCAGAUGUUGCAGGUCUUGAAUGCUUGUUUGCCCUGUUUCGAAUAUAAGGGACAAAAACGUUUGCCUGUCCUCAAACGGAAUACCCAAAGUUUUCGCAAGACCACAGAUUUAAAGGAUAAAUUGGAGGAAUGUAUACGCGGCACAAAUUCUGCGCGUUAUGAUUUGAUACAACGUCGUAAAGAUCGCAACUCCACCGAAAAAUUCCGUUGGAAAAAGGAUCAAAUGCCAUAUAGGACACAGUUUUAUGAUACCGCCGUCAAAGCUGAUCCGGAAAUGGAAUUAAGUCAAUUUAUUGAGGGUUCUUUGGCCACCGAAAUUACAUUGGUUAUUUUGGAUUGUCUGGAGAUUAUCGUACAAGUGGCCACACAUUCGGAAAUGCAUCACAAUUUGUUGGGCACAGUGUUGAAAGUGUUGCUGCAUGCCCUGUCACGCAAUCAAAGUACUUUGGCAUUGAAAAAUCUCUUCUCCUCGCAGAGGUCUUUGAUUUUCAAAUUUCCCAAUCUAUUGUUUGAUGAGGAGACUGAUAUCUGUGCUGACCUUUGUCUGCUAUUGCUUAAGCACUGUGGUUCAAAUCUACCGGGCAUAAGGUCCCAGGCAGCCGCCUCUUUGUACCUCUUGAUGAGACAGAAUUUCGAAAUUGGCAAUAACUUUGCCCGUGUCAAAAUGCAGGUGACCAUGUCUUUGUCCUCCCUGGUUGGUACGAGUUCAUCAUUUAGCGAACAAUCCCUGAGACGAGCCUUGAAAACCAUAUUGGUCUACGCUGAAUCCGAUACUGAUUUACAGGAAACCUCAUUCCCAGAACAAGUACAGGACUUGUUGUUCAAUCUACACAUGAUCCUUUCGGACACUGUGAAAAUGAAAGAAUAUCAAGAAGAUCCGGAAAUGUUAUUGGACCUUAUGCAUCGCAUUGCCAAGGGUUAUCAAAAUAAUCCCGAUUUACGUUUAACCUGGCUGGAAAAUAUGGCCAAAAAGCAUCGUGAGCGUGCAAAUCAUACCGAGGCAGCCAUGUGUUUUGUACAUUCGGCUGCAUUGGUGGCAGAAUAUCUCAGCAUGUUGGAGUCGCAGACCCAUUUGCCGGUGGGUGCGGUAAGUUUCCAAAAGGUUACACCAAACUCCCUGCUCGAGUCUGCCGUCUCAGAUGAUGUCCUCAGUCCCGGCGAGGAUGGUAUUUGUUUGGGUAAUCAUUUUACGGAGUCGGGGCUAAAAGUUCUCCUCGAAGAGGCGGCCAAUUCUUUUCAAAUCUCCGGCAUGUAUGAGGCCAUGAAUGAGGUCUACAAAAUCCUCAUACCCAUUUGUGAGGCAAAUCGAGAUUUUCAGAAGUUAAGUAAAAUCCAUGGCAUAUUACAGCUGGCCUACAAUCGUAUUGCCCAGUUGCAGGGGAAACGGGUGUUUGGCACCUAUUUCCGUGUGGGUUUCUAUGGAGCCAAGUUUGGUGAUUUGGAUCAACAAGAAUUUAUAUACAAGGAACCAACCCUAACCAAGUUGCCGGAAAUAUUCAGUCGUCUACAGAAUUUCUAUGCCGAACGUUUCGGUCCCGAUUCUGUGCACAUAAUUAAAGACUCAAAUAUUGUGGAUGUGAAUAGCCUGGAUCCGGAGAAGGCCUACAUACAAAUCACCUAUGUGGAACCCUAUUUUGAAAAUUAUGAAUUGAGGCACCGGGAAACCUACUUUGAUAGGAAUUUCAAUAUAAAACGUUUUAUUUUUGCCACACCUUUCACCAAAAACGGCAAGGCUCAUGGUGAGCUACAUGAACAGUGCAAACGGAAGACCAUCCUGACAACAGCCAAUCAUUUCCCCUAUGUCAAGACACGCAUACAGGUUAUCAAUCGGCAACAAAUUGUGUUGGAACCCAUUGAAGUGGCCAUUGAGGAUAUACAAAAGAAAACUGUGGAAUUGGCUGCUGCCACUAAUCAAGAACCGGCUGAUCCGAAAAUAUUACAAAUGGUCUUACAGGGUUGCAUAGGAACGACAGUAAAUCAGGGACCCAUGGAAAUGGCUGCAGUGUUUCUUUCGAAUCUCUCCGAUGGUGUUACCAUACCCACCAAACAUCAAAACAAAUUACGUCUUUGUUUCCGGGAAUUCUCCAAACGAUGUGCCGAUGCUCUCAAGAAAAAUCGUAAUCUGAUUUUAUCCGAUCAAAAAGAUUAUCAGCGAGAAUUGGAGCGUAAUAAUGAACGUUUUGUGGAGCGCUUGACACCGUUGAUUACAUUGACACCCACGCAGGCGCAGGGUGUUGUUAAGGCAAAUGCAGCCAGCAAUCGUGGAACUCCCUUGAAAUGGUAAUUUCCCAAGUACCAUGCUCUUUUGAAUUAUCGAAUUUUUCGUUUAUUCUUUCUUAUAAUUAACUUCAAAGUAUUAUUUUUUAGAUAUAUUUAUUGAUGUCUAUUUACACAUGCUUUUUACCCCCCAAGUAGCUAUACAUACACCUCUAUAUAUAUAGCUUAUAUCAUAACACAAUUUCUUGUUCUUCUUCUUCUUUUUCCUCAUCCCACUUACAUGUCUGUGCUCAUAAAUGGAUUUCUCGAAUACCGUAUUUUUUUCUAAUUUAUUUCAUUUUUUCUUGUAUUGCUAUCAGUGUUUCGGAUUAUUUUAAGUAAUUUAUGGCCAUAAACCAUAUACAUUUAUAUAAGUAAGAAGAUAUUUUUUUACACAUCAAUAUCAUUCAUAUUAGCAUAGUUUUUGAUACACAUUAUUCAAUACACAAUUAAUAUUUGGGCAUUUUAAUGGAAUUUAAUUUGCUAUUUACAUUUUUUUGUAUUACAACUUUCACUUUAAAGAAAAUAUCAAAACCCUAUUUCGAAAACCAAAUAAAUAACCAAAAAUUAGUUACAAGAUACAAACAUACAUACACAAUACAUCAUUUAAUUCGUACGAUUUGAACAAAACCAUCUAAAUUGGAUUUUUGAACGAAGGCUGAACUUUAAUUGGAAAACUACACGUCUGUCAUUGGAAAUAAUAAUACUUUUGAUGAUUAGUUCAAGUGACAACCUCAAAGAGAAUUUUCGACGAUCGUAAAGUUCUAACCGCCAUCAAGAGGGCGCCACCAGUACUGCUCUGUCAGACUGCCAUUCUGGGUUUGAAUUUUUUCUCUAUGAAAAUGUGGAAUGAAAAAUCUUUUUUUUUUAAUAUUUAAAAUGUUUUCUCCCUCAGGUUUUUGGAACAAAGCUGAACACCUAUGAGUAAUGCCUGAGAUUCCUAUACCUAGAGGUAGGCUUUUCAUUGUGAACAAAUUUCGAUCGGAAUAAAUUUGUAGUAUAUACCCUACACCACAUAGUAGUAGGUGGUAUUAUGUCUUUGUGCAUUUGUUUAUAACAUGGAGAAGGAAGUGAGAUAAACCCAUAGUUACUUUUGAGGAUCUUCAUAGAAUCACUUUCUCAGUCGAUUUAUGCAUGUAAAUCCGCCCGUCCGUCUGUCCAUGUAUUCUUGUGAACAAAAUGAAGGUCGCAUUUAUUAUCCGAUGAUGAAAUAUUCCUAACAAUAUUUGUUUGGCCCAAGGACAAACCCUACUAAAAUUGGAGAGAAUCGGAUUUAAUUUAGAUAUAGCUCCAUAUAUAUUAGAUCAACCGAAUUCGGGUUAAUUGUGCACCAAUGACCAAUAUAAGUUCAAAAGUCUUGAAUUUUGCCACAUACAACCGAAUUCAGUCCAGAAGCAAGUACAUCAAAUUCGGAGAAAAUCGGUUCAGAUAUAGCUAUAGCUGCCAUAUAUAUGUUUCGUCCGAUUUGGUGUUUAAGUCUCUCACAUUCGUAAUAUGCAUGCGACAGCAAUGAUAUUUGGUGCCAGAUAUUAGAUGCAGCCCAGAAAUACCUCUGACAAAUUGUAUCAAGAUCGAUUCAGAUUUGGAUAUAGCUCCCCUUUGUAUCUUCAACCGAUUUCGGGAUAAUUGGGCUCCAACUGGCCAAUAUCAGUCCAAAAGUUCUGAAUUUUGGUACAUCCAACCGAAUCCCGUCUAGAAGCAAGUACACCAAAUUUGGUGAAUAUCGGUUCAGAUAUAGCUAUAUCUCCCAUAUAUAGGUUUUAUGCGAUUUGGUGUUUAAGUACCUCACAUUCGUAAUAUGCAUUCGACAACAAUGAUGUUUGGUACCAGAUAUCAUUUACAGCCCAAAAAUACCUCUGCCAAGAUCAGAUUUGAGUAUAUCUCUACCACUAGAGUUCCUAUCUCCCACCUCUCAAAUAUCCUAUCCUAUGUCUCUUGUUGAUCUUGAGGCUAGAUAUCUAAUAUUGCAGUGGCCAGUCAUUAUCGUAACGUCAAUGUAGCAAUAGUCGAAAAGGGUGGACAUGUAAUCGCUAAGUGUAUUUAUUACCUUCACCUAGGAUGUUCUGACUUAUUAAUAUGUUCAGGAUUCGAGCAUGAUCCAGCGUAUUCGUGCCAUAUUCCAGCUUCCCGUAGUCACACUUUCUUCACUUACCCUCAUUGACAAACAUUAUCAGUUCUCUACUUUUUAUUUAAUGUAUUCGAUGAGCAAGGAAGAUGAUCGGAACUGAAACGGGCUACCUAGUUUCAUCUUCCUUCGAACCUGAAUAUAAAAAUUCGGGUGAACUGUGAAAAUUCUCUGUCUAUAGGGUGUUAUUGUAUUCCAAGAUAGAAUUAACGUUAGACAUGUUGCUUCAGUGGCCAGACGCACUAAAUGCUCUGAAGUGAUUGUAAAUUGGGAAAAGCUAAAAUAAUGCCAAACCAAAAACAAA